AUGUCAGACGCGCGCCAAAGGACUAUCAUAAAGGUAUUUCGCAAAUUCAGCAACUCACUUGGACCAGAUGCUCUCGACUUCUUGGAACAAAUACUGGAAGCGCACGAAAUAAACGAUGCGGAGGUCGAAUCGUCGGUAGAAACUAUUGCUAAAGAGUACAACAAGCAAGAUGACGCGUCAAUGAAGGUUUCUGUCGAGCUUUUGCAAAGAGUCUAUAAUCUUCUUCAAGAGGAUGGUCAGGGAUCCGAUGGUAUCGCUGAAAGCGUUGACCCCGAUAGUCACUUAUACGUCAUAAAUGCUUUUGAAAUGCCGAGAUGGCAUUGGUCGGUGGAACGGGGAACAUUCGAAAAGGCGCUUGGUCCUUCCACGAUAUCAGGAUCAGCCGAAACGCGCGUUUCCUCUAUCCGAGAUCGACUGAGCAUCAUCAAGCAGUGCGUUCUUAGAAACGAACACUUUGCGCCAUCAACAAUCCCCUCCAAGGAUAGAGAUCGGCUUGUAACGUUGAAAUCUACCAAACAGUUGCUGGGGAGAGCGGGGGAGCGGUUCUUACUUCUCGGUAUGCUCGCACGUUCCAAGGAAGGAAAACUUUGCCUCGAGGAUGCGGAUGGGAGUGUAGAGUUGGACUUCUCUAAGCUCGAUGAACCUGGAGAGGGCCUGUUUACAGAAGGCAGUUUCGCUCUAGUCGAAGGCGAGUACACGGAGGAUGCCACUCUGGAAAUUAUCGCAAUCGGGCAACCACCGUGCGAAUCUAGACAAACAGCAAGGUCGAUAUAUGGACACAUAGACUCUCUAGGAAAGGGAUCCACAUCGUUACUGGAGGACGCACAAUUCUCCGCCCGUAUACGGGAGGAACUAUCAGAUCUUCAUUUCUUCUUUCUUUCGGACGUAUGGUUGGAUCAUCCGAGAACCCUCCUUGGCUUGAAGAAGAUGUUCGAUAAUUGUAUCGACAACGACUUUAUACCGAAACUCUUUGUCAUGUGUGGAAAUUUUACGAGUCGUUCCAUAGCCAACGGAAAUGGGCGCGAUGUACAACGAUACCAGGAGAACUUUGACGCAUUGGCCAACCUCAUCUCAGCCUAUCCUACAAUAAACCGUACCUCACACUUCAUCUUCAUACCCGGGCCGUUGGAUGUGACUCUGAAUUCAGCUAUACCUCAACGACCCCUACUUUCCAGCUUUGUCUCACGACUCAAGGCCAAGGUCUCCAAAGCGCACUUUGCAACCAAUCCCUGCCGUAUCAAGUUUUUUGACCAAGAAAUUGUUGUUUUUCGGGAUGACUGUAUGUCGCGGAUGCUGAGAAACAUCGUGGGCGUGAAACUUGAUGCAACUGGCGAUGACUUAAAACGAUAUCUCGUUCAGUCCAUCCUCGAUCAGGCCCAUCUUAGCCCUUUUGCGAACCAUAUACAACCUACGCUCUCUGACUUUGAUCAUACACUUCGUCUGUAUCCCUUACCAACAGCUAUUAUACUGGCCGACAAGUACGAUCGCUUCAAGAUAACUUAUACUGGGUGCCAUGUCUUCAAUCCUGGCUGUUUUGUAGGAAGCAAUACUUUUACGUUUUCGACUUACAAACCCUCAGAGUUGAAUUCGGAGGAAUGUGUGGUGGAUAUGGACCAUGAUGUAACUGUUACAAUUACGUCUCGCCCACAAGUUCUUCUAGUUGUGUUCUUGGAGAAACCGAAUAUUAUGUUCUUCAAGAUCCUCCAUUCCAUCGUCACUCUUUUGCUUGUCAAGACACCCUCCCAAUCAUGGUCAACUUUCUUCGCUCUCCUUCCUCUCAGGCUUGUCGUCCUUGCCCUACUUUUUCGCAGACUUGUUGGGCCAUGGAUACUAGCCCGAAUUUCCGGACACAUUAGAGUUCGCAGUGUUAGCCUUCGUUCUGUGCGAGGGAUAUACAUAUGCAAGACAGGUCGCCACGGCUCUCAGACUUGGAGCAUCGACCGCAUUGGCUGGACCUGGUCUUCUUCUGCCUCGAGGCACCUCAUCAUCAAAGUGGAAGGAGUAUCACUACUAACAUGCCCGUUACACGCUCCCCCUUCUUCUAACCUCGCGCAUAAACGAUCAAUGACCGUAGCGGCGUUGAGUUAUACACGUGCAAGGCUUUGGCAUAUGGUGUCAGCAAUAUUCAUGUUCUUUGAUCCCUAUGUACGCCCGGUAGUCCGAGCUGUGGUAGUUCACUGGCUACGUCGAUUGCUCUUGACUAUCCCCGGCAUACUAUCCGCCAUAGCUUUCGACAUUCACGAUUUUCACGUCCAUCGCGAUGGAAAUCCGAAUCUUGAAUUCACCGUUGACGAAAUACGAGUACGCACAUCUCUUGAAUUCAGUCCUGUCGAAAAACCUGCGAAACCGGAGCCAAAGAGAAACAACUCUCGGUCGUUCAGGCGCUCCUACAGCAUGACAGCUUGGAAAUCUCGUUUCAUGGACAGUGUCAAACGUACUUGGGAGAGAGUCGCUGAAGAGAAGGAGGCUCAGGCGAACAUAUCGUUGAAACUGGUCGAUAUAGCAGGGAUAUUUCCUUCUGUUUCUUCAGCUCCUGUAAAAUUCCUACGGCUCCCUGGGUCCAUUGUCAUUAAUAGUUCCAUGUCUUUCGAUCUGAAACGACGAAACCUCAAGACACACGGCCUGGAAAUCGACGCGAAGAUCUCCAACUGUUUUGUAGAGUUGAUCCCAAUUCUCGAUGUCCUGAAGGCUAUGAAAAAUAAUUCAGACUCUACGACUGACCAGUCUGAUGGGCGUCUCAAAAUCCCUGAACCAAGAUCACCAUCCUUCUUGUACAUCCCCUCCUCUCCUACCUCGCCGCUUUCCGCUAAAACACCGGAUUUCGCUUACACUCCCUCUACCCCUAGAUCUCCGUUCCUUGAAACUCUUUCUGCGAACCUUCUGCAUCGACGCCAUCACUAUCGGCCUUGCAUGAAGCUGAAAGAUACUCAACGCAAGGCAACACUCUCCUUCCUCAAUUCAAUCCGUGUACAAUUCAGUUCCUCCUCGUUUGUUAUACGACCAAACCAGGACUCCGUGCCGCCGGAGACAUACGCAGCUAUUGUCAGCAAUGUCGUCCUAACGGCAGGAUUAAGUGAUCCUCAGAAGAGUAAACUUCACAGUAGUUGGCUGGGGCGCAAUACUCACAAUGAGGCGUUUGACUCUGACAUCUAUUCGAUAAACCUCGGUGUUGAUGCCCUCAACGUCACGAGGCAUUCGUCUGGCCUUGAUCGCAUCGGUAUUUUGUCGCUCAAGAUGUUCAGCUGGCAAGUACUUGCGACUCAAUGGCCGUCUCCGUUCCUCGUAACCUCCCCUUUUGUUGGAGGUGAUCCCAACUCUCCAGCACUUAUCGUGCGAUUGUCAAUUAGCUCAUUGAAUAUUACGGAGACUGCCGAUAAUCUGAUGAAGUAUGCUCUCUCACAUAAAUUCACGUCAUUCGAGGAGAAGCAAGAAUCACGUCCGAACAACAUUCUUCCCCUGCCCCGACUAAUGCUUGAGGUGGAUUGUGGUUCAAUGUCCGGGACCCUUCUGACUGAAUCCGUGCCGGGAAUCCCACAGCGAGCGUUGGAACUCCGAACCGAUGGUUUCGUUUUCACUUCUCGCUCUGAUUUUACAACGAUAUCGGGCCGUUUCCACCCUGUUGGUGAAUUCUUCGAUGAAGUUUGGCUGAGGAUGACAAUCACCUCUGCAUUGUACUUGAAACCCACUUUUAUUCGCGCACGACAUCUGCAUGCGUCCACUAAUAUCCGGAUGUCUACUCUUCCGGAGGACCCUUCAAUAGUCUCCCUGGAAAUGGUCGAGAUUUCAUCCCAUAAUUCCCUGCUUGCUACGAUCAGGGAUGACACUCAAAAUACCGCUUGUGUCGACCUUUCUACAUUGGAGACAGAGAUCACCUGCUUUACGGACACAGUGUGUGUGGAGUUAUGGCACCCAUUGGUAAGUGACGUUCUACGUCAAGUAAUUCAAUCCAUGCCUACCGGCUCGCCGUCGCAUACGCCACAUACCACGGUAGCUAUCAGGAGAUUUUAUGGCUCUUUCGACAUGUCUAUUCAGAGGAUCGUGCUAUUCGUUACUGCACCUGAUAUACAACCCGACGAUGCAAGUGAUUUGUCGCGCGGUGUUGCCGUUCAUAUCACUGGUCCCUUGCUACAACAUCGCGCAUUGAAAUCCCAUGAUCCCGACGUGUUCCGCAACACACACAGUAAACAUUGGGAGAACAGAAGUCAACUUCGGCUGUCGCAGGAUGCCAUCCAGGCCUUUAUACAUUCCAGGACUGCCGGUCCUGCCGGUUCACUUGUGUUCUCACAAUUGACCAUUUCCAAUGUUGCAGCCCGUAGUGCCGUUUCCACUCGCUAUUCUCCCGAUGACCCUUUAAUGGCCGAACGGGAAGAUUGCAACUUGGAUAGCCUGAAUUUCUUGCAGAUGGAUGGGAUCGGAGUCACUUCCAAUCAGCACAACCUCGCAUUAGAUGUCAGUGUGAAAGUCUCGUCUAUACGUAUGGGCUUCACAUUAGGACAUCUCUAUAAUGUCUUGCUUACCUCUCAACUCAUUAAGUGGUUGCUGGAGGUUCGACCCAGAGGCUAUAGCGCUGAUUCACCUCCUUCCCGUCGACCUUACACUCUCACUGCAAGUGUCGAAACGGCACAAGUUCAUUUUUCACUAUGCAGCGAACAAGCCAUUUGCAGGUUUGACUUGCUUCGCGUCAAUCAUGGUUCUCUAGGCCCGCUCGAUAUACGAUGGGACAGCCUUAUGGCCUGGGUUCAUCUUCCUACUGCCAUUGAUCCAUGGGAGGAAGAACGAGGACACCGAUGGGAACAAUUGGUAGCUAUGCGUAACUGGCAUGUGCGUGUGCCUCUCGGACAGAAGCAUUUACCCAUUACUGUCUCUGGCGAUACCGCACGUAUCAGGAUUCCCUAUGGCUUCAUUCUGGCGGACCUUGUGCACGAUGCUGUCGUGGCUAUCAAGGCUUGUAAACAUCUGUACCGCAUCACCGCUGUGGGAGUACAAACGCCUUUCCCGGCGCCAGAGGCGGAAGCACCGAAGGAGGUCCCCAAGAUCACAUUCCAGGUUGACUUUCUGUGUGUAGAGGCCGCAGACGCUCCUUUGGAAAGCAAGCUCAGUCUCAUAUUCCGGUCUGGCCCUGGCGCUGUAGAGAGUCGCAAAGAUCGAGAGAAUGCAUUUGCGGUUAAAGUCGACAGUAUCCUGAAUUCGGGCGAUGUCGUAGAUGAACGCGAUGUGCCAUGGCAGUUCUCUGCAAAGCAUUCUGUUUCGAUUCAAGAAGCACGUUCACGAUUGGACAGGGUACAUGUCCUUGACUGGAUUAUGAGGUUAGACCAGAUCAAAGCUACUCAACACGAAGCGGAACAAGAAGUACUUAAACGGCUCAAGACCCUUUCCGGAGUGUGUCCUUUCACCAGUAUCCCAAACUUAGUCGAAGUUUUGCCCGUCGGCGACACCCCACCACUGUUUCGUAUUGCCAUCUCGGACCUCUCGCUUUCUUUGGACAAGCCGUCUUUCCCUUUAGAACACCUACAAGAUUUCCUCCAUGCACAAGGGCAUCUUCCCAAAGAAACAGAGUAUUGGUUAUUGGUUCCGUUGCAUAUCAAUGUGUCUCUUUCGGUGUUGAAAAUUACACUUAGAGACUACCCUUUAGCGUUGGCGCACGUUUCUUCCCCUCCCGAUUCUGCGGAUCCUUCCUUGGUAUUUGAUACUGAUCUCGUUAUCGCAGAAGAGAUGGGACCUUCGUCUUCCGUGGAUUGGGUGGACUGCCCAAUUUUUACUGGUGGGGGCAUCCCAGGAGGCAAUGUCUUGACAAUUUCUGUUCCAAAGACGAUUAUGCCUGUCAAAACUUAUGCAAACGCCGAGGUUCGCGUUCUGACACCGGAUAUCUCUAGCUUCUCGUGGGGAGUAAGCUACGCACCUGCUACUAACGACUUGAUGAGGGUUGUAGAGACAUUAACGAAUGCUCCAAGAGAUUCGUCUCUUCCGGUCGGAUUCUGGGACAAGAUGAGACUCGUAUUUCACUGGAGCCUCAGAGCAUCAUUUAGGGGCGAAGUGCGUUAUCACAUGAAAGGUUUGCGAGAUCCAUACGAAAUCACCGAAAAGGGUGCUGGUUUUGUGCUUUCUUGGCGUGGACAUACAAAACUAUUGGUUGGCCUCAAGAAUGAAUCAAAAGAGCUCAUCCAAGUUGUCAGUGACUCGAUGAAUAUUGCCAUUCCAGAGCUGAGGCACUUCCCUUCUCAACAAUCCGCACCUUUCAAGAAGAUCUGUGCUAAGUUUCUUUCCGGUGUCCGAUUUGGAGUUGGUUUUGUUUUCGAACGUGCAUGUGGGCCAGCCUGUACGAGCUGUCAAGGAUCCCCUUUCCAUCGCACAUGCCGAUACUUCGAUUUCAAGCCGCAUUCCGAGGUCAAACUCGGAAAGAAGGAAUUCAUUCCGAGCUUGAAUGGACCAGCAGAUUCUUAUUCCGGUUUUCGCUCCGACUUCAUACAUCUCUCCAUCUCCCUUACAUCGUCGAUCCAUCACACAAAGAAAGAAGAGCCCCUCGCCAGCAGCCUCCAUCUUACACCCAAAGCUUUCGCCUACUUUUACUCAUGGUGGGAAUUGUUCAAUGGCGUGCUCUCCCUACCCAUAAGACUUGGGACGUAUUAUUCUCCCCGCAAUAUAUCACCCAAGUUUGGCCGACAUCUGGCGACCCUCAAGUAUCGUAUUGCCGUUCCAAAACUUCAUGUCAUGCAUGGUUAUAUCGAUGAUUCGAAAGAAACAUGGAUCGACGGUGUCACGCCAUGGUUAGGAGUGAAAGCGAUGAUUGACGAACUCGAAGCCGAUCUUCAUCAGCGGGACGAAGAAACUAUUGUGGCAGGGACGGAGGUAUCGUCCAUGAAGUACACGCGUCGAAAACCAUUUUACGCUGCGGAAUUGGUCAUGAAAGGACUUGACUUGCGUGCUAUUCUGGCGACCUUCUCCGAGCCGUUGAAAAGAGACAUCGAUAUCUCGUGCCCUCCUCAUAAAAGCAACUACAGGACUCGUUCUGAUCUGCCCAUUACCGACCAUACAUCCCCAUGGCAUGACCCUGACGACUUCAUAGAGAUCGAUUGGUCGCCACCAUCGGAAUACGGCGCCUAUGAUCUUCAUGUCUUGCCCGUAGCUUCGUGUCCUAGAUUCUCCUAUUUCAAGAGAAAUUCUGGGGUCUUAAGUGACGGUACUCAGAGGAGUAAGUUCGGGGAUGAAGAUACACAUCAAUGCUUUCUCGAAAAGGAACCAUCUGUUCCUAGAAUUCAGUCAACCCUGGCAUUGGAAAGAGUUACUCAACUCCGCGCAAUGCUGGAUAACCAAGGUACCCUCGAGAGGAAUCGCUCGCAUCAGCGGAAGAUAAACCUGCUCGAACAGUAUAUAGAAGCUUUGCAGAAAGUUGACCAAAACUCCCAUGAUUAUUCACCCGACUACCAGAUGCCUGCAGACUCUGUCUCUGCGGACGAGUGGGCUGAAUUCGACAAUGUCUAUCAGAUUCAUUGUCCUAAACUUUUCCUUGAUACUGCGGUUCGCGAUAUCAUGAUGCAGUACUACUAUUGCUCUCGGGCUCGCAGAGGCUUUGAGUACCAUAUGGCCACCCGUGCUGUCAAGUUCAUCAGAGAUCAGGCUAAAGCUGCAACGAUUACAGAGCCUGACCAUGUAUCUAAAGGUCACCACACCGCACAAGCAGCCGCGACUGCGAUUAAAAAAAUUUUCGCCGGUGAAGGGGUUAAGUCGAACGAACGCACCACCGAUGUCCAGAUAUCGAGGUCGUCUCACUCGUCUUCGGUCCUAGAUCCUAUGGGGGGUUGGUCUGAUGGUGUCUCGCUUCGGAAGAGCCAUUGCUGUCUAUUACUCAAGCCUCAGAUUGUGCUACGCAAUAGAGAGGUUGAGAAGGACAUAUGCGUUGUUACUGCUGUGCAAGCAAAGUUGCAGUCGUUCGUAAUCAUGGACGAUUCUAACGUAGAUGAUCCUAUCAGCGGGAAAGUGAUGUCGCGGACAUACGCCGUACUGUCUGGGAUGCAAUCUUUCGCACCAACUUUCGCUUCGGAAGUUGAAACGCUUUACGUUCCCCUCGAAGUUAUGGUCGAUCUUCGUUGCGAGAGUGAAGAAUUUGAGCGCCUUGUACCCCAAACUGAUGCAACGUUUCAUUACGACAAGUUCAACAGGCUGCGUUUGAGAAACAAUGUGACCUCUGUCACUCGGAGGUCGACCGAUACCGCUACCGCGAAUCACCUUCAGGACCAAACAGAUCUCAUUCAAAUCCACAUACCCAAUUUCACCGUCACAGCCAGUGAUCAUCAUUUUCAAACAAUUUCGAAUAUAAUAACGAAACUCCUUCUAUUCUCCGACGCUGCCCAUAAGACUCGCAGCGACAAACUCAACACUUUGAUGUUCACUUAUGAUUUCUUUGACGAUCUCCCUUCUUCGGCAGACGUUGUCUGCAACUUACAACAACGAAUCAGGACCGCUAUGGACAUCGAACAUAGUGCUCGCAACAGCAGCCGGAUGGGAGAAGAGGAAGUCACGUUGGAGCUCAUGAAAUUGAGAGCACACUUCGUUUCACUGAUUGAGGAGCUGAAUUUCAUUUUCGACGCCAUCAAGUACGCUCAAGACCGCUCCGACGAUCACACAGAUCGAAAAUCCGCUCUACUCCUGAAUGCUACGUCCUCUGAGAUUUCGUGGAGGAUGCUCGACGACCAACGAGAUUUGCUCGCCAAGCUCGUGGUGCAGAGUAUAGAUUAUUGUUGGCUGAGCAGGCGGGACAGUUCCACUGUCAAUAACCUGGUUGUCGGGAACCUUCAGGCGUUUGAUGGCUCCAGGGAUGCAUUAUGGGCAGAAAUUGUAACGAAACAUGAUGAACCUCAUAACCACCCCCUUUUAAAGAGGGGACUCUUUUUGUCAGCAUCGUGGAUCGUCUUACCUCCCGUGGGAGGUAUCACAAUUUAUGAGACUUUUGAGCUCAACUUUCACCCGUUGAGGCUUCAAGUGGAUGCUCGCGUUGGCAGUCGCAUCAUGGAGUAUCUGUGGCCUGCAAGGAAAGACAGACAUAAGUCCAUAGAGAAGGACGAUGACACAACGCAUGAAAGCGGUUAUACACUUGUUCCCCGUGUUUCACUUGAUUCCGCGACACCCACCACCCCAAGUCGGCAAAAUUCAACAUUAUAUUCUGAUAACCCUUCGCCAGGAUUGGCUCCGCCACUUCGACGACUUGGGGCCUCGCGUUCAUUCACCGAUUUGCGCUCUUCCCUCACUGAGUCUAGACCGUUAUUGUCGCCGGCUUUGCACAGGACGAGAUCGUCAGAAGUACUACGGGACGAUCAUGUUAAUAUGAAGAGUCCUGAACCUCUCCAGAUUGGCCGUUCAAAAUCGCGAGCUGACGUCGUGAACGAGCAAUCCCCGAAGGUUGGCGAUGCGGCAGAGAUGAGGACGAGAUCAUCACAGAAGACCUUCAUCCUCGUUCGAAUAUCAAGCCUUCAUCUGGUGUUGAACAUCAUGAAAGAGGACUCGUUUGUUUGUCAAGACGCUCGCAUCAGGACACGAGAUUUGGAAUUUAGGAACCAAACAUGGAGUUUUGAAGAGUUUGCAAAUCAGUUCAUUCCAUCCGACAUGGGCUGGAAAAGCUGGAUUAAGAUGGCAUUUCAUCAACCACUUGUUCCCGUCCUUCCUGUUGCUCGGGAGCUUAUUUCGAAAACGAAAUGGAUAGCUUCAAAGAGUGGACCGUCCCUAUCAGAGCAACUUGCCAAACCAGUUCCAAUGAAGGCACUACCACAGCCUUCUAAAUCCAAUGUAAACGAGGGAAAUGACAGCCGAUCGCCACAACCGAAAACAAAUCAACGGUGGAAGAAGGCAUCUCGACGAACCGCACGCGAGCCUGUUCCCAUAACGGGUAGUGCCUUUACGCAGGAGCCCGGUACUUAUGAAGGAGAUGAUGAUGAUGACCGAGAACUGCCCGCCUCUUUGCAGAAUCGGAAACGUGUGCUCAGUUUUUUUAGUCGUUCGUCCUCGUCGAGUUCUAAAAAAACGGAACGUUCGUUAUCGCGCGCAGCCAAUCGUCGAUCGAACGACGUUAUCUGA